AUGUUGGGUAAUGGAAACUCCAUUAGCUUCUGGUUUGACAUUUGGACUCCUUUAGGACAGCAUAUUAAAGUGAUCGGACCUUCUGGUCCUGCUCAGUUUUGCAUUCCACUACAUGCUAAGGUUUCCAAAGCUUAUACUACGUCAGGCUGGACCCUCCCAUCACCGAGAUCAGAAGCUGUUGUUAGUUUUCAUAUCUUUCUCUCAACCAUCCCCCUGCCGCAGCAGACCAACCCAAAAGAUACCUUUAAUUGGUGUGUUGAAGGGAAAAGUAUCAACUUGGGUGCUAAAUAUCCAGCAGCUAAGAUGUGGGACGUGCUGAGACCCAGGGAUGAGGUGGCUAAUGCAGACCGUCUUCCCACGAGAUCAAGGUUGGUUACUUGGGGUCUGCAGGCACUCUUCAAAUGCCGCUCCUUCUAUCCUAAAGAAGUUGGUGGUCCACUCUACAAUAUACAAUCUGUGGGGACAAAAGGCAUCAUCCACAGCAAAGGUUUGCUUCCGCAUGUUACUUUCCACAACCUCAUCGACAAGGAAGCGAGGAACUCAAUCACAGCUAGGAAGCAAUUUUGA